AUGAACCGACAUUCCAAAAUACCUGUACCUGUGAGAACCAUGGAAUCAACAGCCUCAACACCAGCAACAGAAAGAUUUAUGUUAGGCCAAAAUAGAGAUAACAUCAAACUCCCAAAGAUACACAAUUAUUCUAGUGAAAAGUAUUUAAAGAAAAAUAAAUCUUAUUCAAGAUUAAAUGACAUAAUUAAUUAUGACUAUGAUGCUGAUUUUCAAAAUUUAAACAGCAACAGACCAGGAUCAAUGAAUUAUCCUUCAACAACUAAUUCUAUUAAUGAGGUUACAAUGAAACGCUAUCACAGCACAGGACACGUUUAUCCUCGAGAUUCUCUCAUCAACAAUCCAACUAACAAUUUUAAAUUAUUAGAUAAAAGCUCAAUUGCAUGGCCUUUUACAAAGGAAGAUAAAUUUACUGAAGGUUAUCUGAAAAUGCAAAGUUUAAUGAAUGCCAAAAAGAAAGAUUAUUUAAAAAAAAAAGCACAAACGAAUAGAUUAAUAAAAAAUGCUGUUCCUCAGUUACCCAAAACUUUGUUCCAGUCAAAAGAUGUUUAUAAUUUCAAUUUGGAUGAUUAUGAUUCAAGCUGCGAUUCAACAUUUGAUACAAGAAGGGAUGUCCUUAUAACAGAUAACGUAUAUAAUUUACCGUCACACAGGCGGGAUUUAGACAUAACUGAAUUAAAUUGGUUUAAAAAUAUGGGACGUACCACAAAUUUGUUCUUCCGGAAGUUGUCCACAAUGCAACACUUUCGAGAUUAUAUAAAGAAACAAGAAAUCUUAUGCUUUUACGAAAAUUGA